CAGUCGACUGUGAACUGGCAGGCCGACUUGACGUUAACCGAAGACCGAACGACGACGACAACCAGAGCAACGACAACCACGACCUACGCGACUCGCGCGCGAUUUAAAACGCUCUCAACCCACGUACCAAAAAACGCUUGCGCGCGCUGCUCAGGACGCUGCCUGGCAAAAAGUGUAAACGGAACAAUUGAGUGCGUUUCUGUGCUUGUGCCAUUCAACUUGCAACAAUUAACAGUUAACAGUGAAAUAUAAAUACUUUUUUUUUUUCGUGUGAUUUGUGUGUGAUUUGCCCAUUGUGAACGGCUGCGCCAUGCAACGCUGGCAACUGUUUCUCUUGAGCCUGGGCGCGAUUUCAGCGCUGGCCAAGCCCAACGAUGCGUUCCUCAAAAUGCUGUCCCUGCCCCGUGUCGAGGAUCCGUGCUACGACUACGAAAAGGCACGCGCCUGCAUUCCGGACUUUGUGAACGCCGCCUACGAUGCGCCCGUCGUGGCCAGCAGCACCUGUGGCGCCCAGCAGCCGCAGCGCUACUGCGAAUUCCAGGACCAGAGCAGCCGAGCAACUGGCUCCGGUUCCGGCUCCAGCGCUGGCGAGAUGCAGUGCCACAGCUGCGAGGCGAACAGCUUUCCGCCACGCGCCCUCACCGAUCUGAACAACUCCAACAACGUGACCUGCUGGCGAUCGGCGCCGAUUGCGCCCGGCUCCAGCUAUGCCGGCGGCGGCCAGUGGGGCGACAAUGUCACCUUGACCCUGUCCCUGGGCAAGAAGUACGAGCUCACCUAUGUCAGUCUGCAGUUCUGUCCCCGUGCCCCACGGCCCGACUCCCUGGUCAUCUACAAGAGCUCCGACUACGGCCGCACCUGGCAGCCCUUCCAGUACUACAGCUCGCAGUGCCGCCGCCUCUUCGGCCGGCCCGCCCGCACCACCGUCACCAAGCACAAAGAGCAGGAGGCGCGCUGCAGCGACGCCCAUCGACAUGGCCACGACGCCAACGGCGCUGGCAGCGGCGGCAUGGCCUCGCGCAUCGCCUUCAGCACGCUGGAGGGGCGACCCUCGGCCCGGGAUCUGGACGCGUCGCCCGUGCUGCAGGACUGGGUGACGGCCACCGAUAUACGCAUUGUCUUCUACCGCCUGCAGCAGCCCGAUCCCCAGGCGCUGCUCAACAUCGACUCGCCCGCCGAUCUCCGCACCGGCAAAUACAGCGUCCAGCUGGCGGGCAACAACAUCGAGACCAUUGGCGCCGCUGCUUCCGCGUCGGCGGCUGCCACUGCGGCAGCCGGACUGCACUACGCCGUCUCCGACUUCUCCGUGGGUGGGCGCUGCAAGUGCAAUGGCCACGCCUCCAAGUGCUCGCCGGAUGCCAGCGGACAGCUGAGCUGCGAGUGCCGCCACAAUACGGACGGACGCGACUGCGAGCGCUGCAAACCCUUCUACUUCGAUCGGCCCUGGGGACGAGCCACGGCACGGGAUGCCAACGAGUGCAAAAGUGAGUACACUGAGAGAAACCAGACACAAGUUUUUACUGAAUUUACAUAUAGAGAGGCUAAUCUAUAUCGAAAUUAG